AUGCUCAGACCCAAAAUUUCCAGAUUUACCCUGAACCUUCAACACCAUGCAGUGAGAAAGGCCAUUGUAACACAAAACCUCAGUCCUGCGCCUAAGGCCUUUCAGCGGGUAGUCUUGGACGAUGGUCUUCUGCCAGGGGAGCCGAUCACCUCCGAGUGCCCACAUCAUGUGCGCUACAGCCGGGAUGUGGCCGACAAGGUGGAGGAUUUCAUCGUCCCAGAGCAGCUGCGCAUGACGCGACGGCACCUGCGAUCGCUCUUCAGCUUGGUGGAGAUGGAGAAGUACGGUGUCAUCACGAAGUUCAUGGCGCUCCAUGAAUGGGAGAGGCUUGAAACGCUGUACCAAAGGGGCUGGAGCAGUCCGCGUGCAAUGCUCGAAUGGCCAAAGGAGAGCUCUUCUGAUGUCGUGGAGAAGUAUACCGGCAGCCGCAUUGCAUUCUUUUUCCACUUCUAUGAUCUCUUCACCAGGUGGAUGGUCUUCCCCGGCUUCUUGAGCGUGGCCCUGAUGCUCUACCAGCUGUGCAGCGCGGAACAUGAAGAGUUGAUGAGAAGCAUCGUGGGAGGUUUGAUCUGCAUUUGGGCCACGGUCUUCCUGGCCCGCCACGAGCAGCUACAGAACUUGAAGAAAGUGCGAUGGGGACUUUCUGGCACUGUGAGCGAAGUCGCGAAUGUGCGGCGGCAGUUCAGCGACCCAUAUCGGGGUACCAUCAAAGAGUCGUUGCAGAACCUCUUCCAUUGGCUUCUGGUGUUUCUGGUCUUGGGGCGCCUCAUGUUCAAGUUCCCGAUGGAUCGUCGAGAAUAUGUGGUGGACUUGGUGUGGACUCCUCUCUCGACCUGGCUGAGCAAGAAGGAAAAUCACCGUACCGAGAUGGAUCUAAAGGCGGCAAUGGCUGUGAAGCUGUUUUCCGUGAAGUUCGUCAUCUUCUACUAUCCCUUCGUUCGCUUCCUGUUAGUUCAGCCGUUUACGACGGAAGGGUGUCCGGGCGAUUCUGGGAUGGAAGGAUGCAUCGAGGUCUUGAAGGCAGACCUGAAGGUCUUUUUUGUCACGCAGGUGAUCAGUGAGUUUCUCGAGAUCCUCUCCGCCUUGGCAAUGCUGAAAUGGAGCAUGUCGUCCGAAGUGGCGUCGAAGAAGCAACGAGCGGAGCAGAACGCCAGCCAGACGCAAGGUUCUCCAGCUGAGCAGAUGCUCUCCUACAUCGAGGUUCAGGGGAUGCUCUACGAGUACGAUGAGACAGAGGAGAUUGCCGACUACAUGCAAAUCGUGACGAACUACGGCUUCAUCGUGAUGUUCGGAGCGCUUUGCCCUUCGAUUUGCCUCCUAUGUUUCUUUGCAAACUUCCCCAUCAAGAAGCUGAUUGCCUUCAAGUUCUCCUACGGCCUGAGGAGGGUGGUGCCGCAAACACAGGACGGGAUUGGCUCCUGGGCCGGCAUCCUACGCUUCGUCACCUUCAUCGGCAUCACUUUGACCUGCUACGUGGAGGUGUUCGUAUACAAUGUGUCCUUCAUGGGCAUUUGGGAUCUCUCCGCUAUGGGCCCUGGCUUGCAGCUCUUCACUUUCGUCGUGGUGGAGAGG